AGAAACCAGGUAGUGCCACGUGGGACACUACCUGGCACCCGGGCAUCGCAUCUUGGGGAAGAACCGCAGAGAGAGAGAGAGAAAGAAAGGCAAGCCACUACCUUCUCGAUCACCUCCACUCCUGAUCACCUUCAUCAUCACGGAGCCUCUUAAUCGUUCUCUCUGGUCUGAUAGAUCACCAGCCCAGAACCCAAAUUUACGGCGUAUACAUUCAACGAUAAGGCAGAGGGGGGAUUGAAUAAGCUUCGAAGUGGCUCAGAAAGAAUCUCAGAGGCUCUUUUUUUUUUCUUUUUCAAUUUGGGUUUUCGGAAUUCCGUCUGUGGGAGUUGUCAAAAGUCGCCAAUUCAGGUACCCAGCCAUCGUUUUUUCUGGAAUUGGUUGAUUUGGGUAUUGCCUUUUGGAUCCGUGUUCAGAAAUUCGGGGAAGUUUGUACACUUUGCGGUGGAAAUCUUGGUAAAUUGUUGUUAUUUUUUUAUUCAUUUGAGUUUUUGUUGCUGCAGUUUCAAUGGUAGCCAUGGUUGUUGUUGGGUAAUGUUUGUUUUUAGUGCAUAUGAUGAGUUUAUCAAUGGAGAAUAUAUCAAAUUGGGUUAGUGAAGUUGGAGCGCUUUGUGGCUAUGCCUUCGGGUUUCGGCUCGAAUAUGCGAAAAUCUUAAGCUAUAUGAUGUGAGUGAUACUCAUGUAUAAUAACGGAAUUGUAUAUUUGAGGCAGGCUGAGAUUCCAGUUGAUCGGCAACGUCCUUGUCAAUCUACGUACUUUAUGGAUAGUCCUUGCUCAACCCCCACAUCGGCCUUGGGUUCGACCUAUUGUUCGAAUGACGAAAGCCCACGUGUUAAAUUUUUGUGUAGUUUUUCUGGGAGUAUAUUGCCGCGCCCUCAAGAUGGGAAGCUUCGGUACGUGGGCGGAGAGACGCGAAUUGUAAGCGUGCCACGAGAUAUUACUUAUGAGGAGUUGAUGAGUAAAAUGAGGGAGCUUUAUCAAGCGGCGGCAGUGUUGAAGUACCAGCAGCCGGAUGAGGAUCUUGAUGCUCUUGUAUCAGUUGUGAACGACGAUGAUGUGAUUAACAUGAUGGAAGAGUAUGAUAAGUUGGGUUCGGGUGAUGGGUUCACUAGGCUUAGGAUUUUUCUGUUUUCGCAUCCUGACCAAGAUGGUUCGUCCCACUAUGUUGAUGGGGAUGAAAGGGAGACUGAGAGGAGGUAUGUGGAUGCUCUAAAUAAUUUGAAUGAUGCUUCCGAUUUUAGGAAGCAGCUGCAACCUGAGUCCCCCAGGAUUAGUACGGUUGAGGAUAUCCAUGUUGCGGACCAAUUCUUUAACCCGAUGGGUGUGGAGGGCGGCCUUCAUAGCCAAAGGAAUUCUGAGAUGCCCAUGCCACAGUUUAACUUGCGUCACCUCAGGAUUCCUCAUAUGGGAUCAGCAUCACACCAGGCUCAGAGGUAUAAUGAAAUGGAAGCUCCAUGGAGCCCUGCAUACUAUUCUCCUAGGCAUCAUGGACACCAUGAUCCAAGACAAUUGGUAGAGUACCCAUCUCCACCUUCUUCUGCACGGUACCGUAUGCCAUUCACAGAAUUACCAGAAAAAUGCUUAGAUAGAAUGCCAGAAGAAUAUUCUCGGCAGCAAGUGAAUCACCAGCCCGCGCAUGAGCACCAAUCACAAUAUUCUGAGAAUGUCGUAUGGGUGCCAACUGGAGUUAUAUCGGGUGAUAAGUCUGGUUUUCCUGGUAAUAUUUUUCACAGCCCCAGUGUUCUUGAAGGGAACAGUGUCUGUGAGCAUUGCCGGAUGAAUUUCCAUAGAAAUCAACCACAUUUGGAGCAACCCCACAUGGGGAAUGGGCAUUCCCAUGUCUCUAAUACAUGUGCUGACUGUCCCCCGAAUAGGGAGAGUCUCGUGCUGAAUGCAGAUGCCAAGUUGCAGCACGGAAUUUACUCUAAUGAGCAGAAUAGUGAUCAUCGAUCUGCUUACAAUGAAACUCAGAGUCAUGAAAGAGGAUGGAUUCUCCAGCACCAGUUGAAUGCUCGGAUUGAUGAAGCAAGACUGCAUGUCUCCGGAGCUGGAAGAUUGAGUGAUCACUACAUUGUAGAUGGACCAGGCCUGAAUUUCCCUGUGGGGCAUGGUAAUUUAGCGGAUGGCUAUCCUUUGUCCUCAAAUUAUGCUCCUCCCGGAGGUGGAAUUGAAUUGGGGAAUGAAGUGAUGCAUGACAAAGCUAUGGCUCCUGUACCGCACAUACAUGUUCCUCCUGAAGAUCGUGGGGUCCGGUAUGGAAAUAUGCCUUAUGCUUAUGGAGGAGAUAAUCUUUACCCAGUGCCACAUGGACAUGUACCUGGACAUGCUUUAUGGAGAAAUAACCAGAUGCAUGUUGCUCCCCCUUAUGAAGCAUCCAGUUCACCCCAGCAAGUGAAUGGCACAGUUAAUCUGGGAUUUCUCAGGCGUGAGGGUAGUCCAAGGUUGUCUGUUGGUGUGGAUAGUCAAAUACCUCAUGUAGAGUCCUCCCAGAAAAUUUUGGGUUUUGAUGGGACAGCUGUGCCAGAAUACUCGUAUGGUCAUGCUUUAAAAUUGAACCCCAACACAUUCAGUCAGGAAAACCACCAUUCAUCUCGACCCCCACCUGACAUGGUGAACUUUGCCGUCCCCUUGGAACCUGUGCCACUGUUGGAUUCAUCUUCAACUUUGGUUCAUGAUAAGUUGGUUUCUCCUGCAGCUCCUGGCUACAAUCUGGAUUCUAGAAAUGAUACCAGCAUCACUGAAGGGGUAAGAUUGGAGGGGAAAAGCAUAGUUGGAGAAGAAAAAGAGGCAAAUCAAGUAAAAAAGGUUGAGAACUCUGAGCAGACUAUUUCUUGUUCAGAGCAAAAGGAAAUUGCUUAUAAAAUUUUUGAGGAGACUUCUCUCAGGUCUACCAAUGCAAUCUGCUUAAAGCCUGCAGAAGAGAGUGGUGUUGUGAAACUGGGUGAAAAGAACCUUUCUGCCCCUGAAGAUUCUAAGCUUUCAAUUGACAAUUUGAGUUUCUUACCUGAGUUGAUUGCUUCUGUAAGGAGGGCAAGACUAGAAGGGGCUGAGGAGGUCAAAGCUAGAGUCGAAGGGUGCACUGACCUUAAAGAAGCAACUGGAAAUGAAAUGGAAUUAGCGAACACUCAUGGGGAUCCAGAGUUGGAUUAUGAUAAUGACAAUCUGAAUACCACCAAGAUUGAGCCAACAAAGGCUGAGGCUGAAGCUAUUGACAGGGGUUUACAGACAAUAAAGAAUGAUGAUCUAGAGGAGAUCCGGGAAUUGGGUACUGGAACGUAUGGUGCCGUUUAUCACGGGAAAUGGAAGGGUUCUGAUGUAGCAAUAAAAAAGAUAAAAUCCAGCUGUUUUGCGGGGAGACCGUCUGAAAGGGAGCGUUUGAUUGCGGAUUUCUGGAAGGAGGCUUUGAUAUUAAGUUCAUUACAUCAUCCAAAUGUUGUUUCUUUCUAUGGAAUUGUUCGUGAUGGUCCUGAUGGAUCCUUAGCAACUGUGACAGAGUUCAUGGUUAAUGGAUCUUUAAAACAGUUUUUGCAGAAGAAAGACAGAACUAUUGAUCGUCGUAAGAGACUCAUCAUAGCUAUGGAUGCUGCCUUUGGGAUGGAGUAUUUGCAUGGAAAGAACAUUGUGCAUUUUGAUUUGAAAUGUGAAAAUUUGUUGGUUAAUAUGAGAGAUCCUCAACGGCCGGUGUGCAAGAUUGGCGAUUUGGGCUUAUCAAAGGUGAAACAGCACACUUUAGUGUCAGGAGGUGUCCGUGGAACUUUACCCUGGAUGGCACCUGAGCUUCUUAGUGGGAAAAGCCAUAUGGUGACAGAGAAGAUUGAUGUUUACUCAUUUGGGAUUGUCAUGUGGGAAUUGCUCACGGGUGAUGAGCCUUAUGCAGAUAUGCAUUGUGCUUCCAUAAUUGGUGGAAUUGUAAACAACACGUUACGCCCACAAAUUCCAGCAUGGUGUGAUCCUGAAUGGAAGUCUUUGAUGGAAAGUUCUUGGGCUUCUGAUCCAGCGGCAAGGCCAUCGUUUUCAGAAAUCUCUCAGAAGCUGAGGAAUAUGGCCGCAGCAAUGAAUGUGAGAUAAAUCCAAUGUUGAAGCAGUUGGUUUCAUUCCUGCCCUGUAUGUCGAGCCAGAAUUGAUGAAAAAGGAAAAUGAAAUGGAGCAUAGGUUUUGCAGUUUAGGGCAGCCAGCCUGCUGGUUUUCCAAGUAUACAAAGGAUAAUAGUAGUGUAGUUUUAUGCCUUGGUUCAUUUUUGACGAACCUUUUCUAGUACUGCAGUCACAACGGUAUUUACUCUUUUAUAGAGUGCAAUUAUAUGCCCUCCACAGUGGAUUUGCCUAGAAGAUUACAUUAUGCAUUAAGGAGAGCUACUACUGCACAAUUAAAAUUAUCUUGUUAUAUUCGAUGUGAUCUGGAUGGCGUUGCCGAUAUCAUUAUUCGAGGUCGGACUCGGCCUUUUGGAAAGGAUGUAUAUAAAAGUUAAUGAUAAUUUCCGUAUUAUAAGCUUUACCUUCAGAAAAUAAUGAUGCAUAUGCUGCUGUAACUCUGAAGAAGCAGUAAGCUACUCUGUUGUAGUUCCCUCUCUCUCUCUCUGGCCCCUUCUUGUCGGUUUCUUGUCAUAUGAAAUGUACUUUGGCUCUUGGAGAUGCAAAAGAGUGAUUAUUAAGCUAAUCUGGUUGCUGGAGCAUAGGUAGUGCUGUUACCUCUGGCCAUUGUGAAAUAGUUCUACUUGCCUCGAAGGCGGCAUUAUUUUCUUUAAUUUUAUGUGAGAAUCGUUAUCAAAAUCGUGUAUUAUUUGAUAUUAAAUAUUGAUUAUUAAAAAAAAAAAUUGAAUUCGGUGGUGCAUGGUA